CCAAUUGCCAAGCAACAGCCAGCAGCCAGGAGCCAGCUCGCUUCUCUGGCAAAAGUGAGCGUGUCAGUGUGCGUGAUCGUGAGAGCUAGCUAGGCAGCACGUACACUGACCAGCAAUGGCGGCCUCCGAUCAGCAAGGCACCGCCCGGGACGGAGCGCCGCCGCCGGCGUUCGACGAAGUCCGGUGGGUGGUUCGGAUCCGGCAGUCCCUGGAGGAGGGCGCCGCCGGGGGCGACGGCGGCGGCGACGACGACGACACCGGCAUCCCGGUGUCCGUCUUCAACGUGCCCAAGGCGCUGCGGGUGCACAAGCCGGAGGCCUACAAGCCCCAGCUCAUCGCGCUCGGACCCUACCACCACUGGCGCCCCGAGCUGUACGAGAUGGAGCGCUACAAGCUCGCCGCGGCGCGCCGCGCGCAGCGGCGGCUCCGGCCGCCGGGGGCCGUCCGGCUCGACGGCCUCGUCGACCAGUUCCGGCGGCUCGAGCGCCGGGUCCGCGCCCACUACCACCGCUACCUCGACUUCGGCGGCGAGACGCUGGCGUGGAUGAUGCUCGUCGACGGCGCGUUCCUGCUCGAGUUUCUGCAGGUCUACGCCGCCGCCGCCGCGGCUGACGAGGGGGAGGUCGCCGGCGACGGCGGAAAGGCGGCGCUGCGGCGGGUGCCGUCGAGGAUGCAGCACCUCGUCGACUUCUCCGGGAGGAAGUCGGCGCACAACCUCAUCCUCCGCGACAUGCUCAUGCUCGAGAACCAGGUCCCGCUCUUCCUCCUCCGCCGGAUCCUCGAGCCGCAGUGCGCGUCCGCCGAUGAGGCCGGCGAGCUGCUCGCGCGGAUGGUCACCGGCCUCGUGAAGGAGCUCUGCCCGUUCAAGAUGAUGGAGAACUUCCCGGCGGUCGACGUCGGCAAACACGCGCACGUGCUCGAGGCGCUCUACUACCUGCUCGUGCCGAAGCCGGCCGAGGACCACGCGGCUGAGGCGGCCGACGCCCACGCCGGCAACCACCACGACGAGGGGUACGACAUCGAGGAGCAGCUGGUGGACGGCGGCGGCGGCGGCGGCGGCGGCGAGGAGGAGGAGGAGCAGAAACCGGCCGGCGGCGGCUGGGAAUACGUCAAGCAGCUGCUCCUCACCGUGGGGGGCCUGGCGUCGAGCGGCCGGAUGCGCUACGUGACGAAGCCGAUCGCGUUCGUCGUCAAGGCGCCGUGGAAGAUGCUCACCGUCCUGCCGGGCAUCUCGGCGAUGAAGCAGCCCGUCGAGGCUUUCUUCAUGUCCGGCGCCGACGGGAGCACCACCAACCCCCGCGACCCGAGCUCCUCGGCGGGGUACCUGACCCGGCCGCCGCUGAUCGAGGAGAUCAUGGUCCCCUCGGUGUCCGAGCUGGCCAACGUCGGCAUCCAGUUCUCCCCGACCGCCGGCGACCUGUCCACCGUCGCGUUCGACCCCAAGACGCUGACCUUCCACCUUCCCGUUGUGACCCUGGACUCCCACACGGAGGUGGUGCUCCGGAACCUUGUCGCCUACGAGGCGGCGGCGGCGGCGGGCCCGCUGGUGCUGGCCCGGUACACGGAGCUGAUGAACGGCAUCAUCGACACCGACGAGGACGUGGCCGUGCUGCGGCGGCGCGGGGUGGUGCUGAACCGGAUGAAGAGCGACGGCGAGGCCGCCAGGCUGUGGAACGGGAUGACGCGGUCGGUGCGGCUGACCAAGGUGGCGGCCAUGGACAGGGCCGUCGAGGAGGCCAACCGCUACUACAACUCGCGGUGGCGCGUGAGGGCGAAGCGGUUCAUGCGCAAGUACGUGUUCAGCUCGUGGCAGGUGCUCACCUUCCUCGCCGCCGUCAUGAUGCUGCUGCUCACCACGCUCCAGGCCUUCUGCUCCGUCUACACCUGCUCGCGGUGGUUCGGCGCCGUCACCGUCGCCAAGGCGGGGUGAUCGCCAUCGUCGCCGUCGCGUUGGACUCGCCGGGAGCCUUUCUGGAUCGGGACACGCGCGACAUGAUUUGCUUGGGGUUUGGUAUGGGUCAACGACGAGGUAAUUCAGUUUUUUUUGGGUAGUGUGGGCUGGCAAUUCGUUGUUGUUAAAGAUGUACAUAGUAAUUGGUUGUGAAUUGUGAUGAGGUUGAUUUUCACUCUAUUGGCUUUACAUUUGAAUUUGUGGUGAUUUUGCAAAGCUGAAUGGUAUAUAUGUUAUGAAUAACAUCGUUUAACUUUUUUCCU